AUGUAUGCGGGUGUCGUAGACCUGAAAUGGCUCCUUAAAGUUGGCCCGGAGCAAUUCAAAGUUGGCGUUGCCUGCCGUGAGGGACGGCUGCGCGCGCAAGCGACGGAAGGACCAAGUAGGGGAGUUGUGGGUGACGCCGAGCGAAGCGCCGACUUCGAAACAGAUCUCCGAGCGGGGUCGCUGGGAGGAGGACUGCGGCUGCACCACAACUCGAACGACCAGCACGUGUUGCUGCGGAACGUGAACCUCAAGUCGACGGGAGUGUACCGCUGCGAGGUGUCCGCCGAGGCGCCUUCCUUUGCCUCCGCACAGCGCGAGGGCCGCAUGGAGGUCGUCUGCCAUCUGCCCAGAUCCAAGCCCGCUUCUCCAAAUCUCCCAUCUCGCCGCGCCGGCCUCUUGGCUGCGGGAGCCGGCGUCGCCGUCGUUUUGCGGAGAGCUUCGGCGGCCGCCGGCAGCGCAGCCACGUGGGUCGGACACGUGUUAACGGCGGAGCGGGACGCGGGUGGACGCUGGGGAGGUGGCGCGGUGUAUCGAGGCUCAGGGCAAAACCCUUGCAUCGCCCGCGGAGUAGCAAGAAGCAAGGCUCGACCUGUCUAA